AUGCUGUUUUCAUGCGUAGAGAAGCAGGGCAAGUACCGCGACUUGUGGACGCUGCGCCGCAUCGCAUUUGACACGGAGACGGGCAUGUUGUACUGCACCGCCAGGGAAACGGAUUUUCGUGUGAUGUGGAAGCACCAGGUGAGGGUGGUUCGCAUCAUCGCAAGGCCCAGUGUUGUGGAUAUUGACUACAAGGCGGCGAAGUUUGACGUGCGUGAACUCUUCUCCUUCAAAGUGGAGGGGAGCUUCCGCCACAUUGACGCCUCGCUGCUCUCGCGCCUGGAGCAGCCCUCGGACAAGCACGCCGUUGUUCGUCCCCUUCCGAAGCGUGCCGACCCUGCUGGGAAGAGUGUGGGUGAUGUGGGAAAAGGAAACAUGCUUGCGUGGUACAUGCGCACGGACAACGAGACCGAUUUCAUGAAAAUCUACACCACCAUCCGUGACGUGCUGAUUCGUGAUGGGAUGCGGCCUCCCCAGUUCUGGGGUCUUCCAAAGAUGGACCCGCGUAUUGAAGUGCCGCUGGCGGAGCCGCCGUUGUACUUGUGGUGCCGCUUCCGUACUGUGAAGCGGACUGUUUUCUACGCGUGUGUGCAUGGCCACAUGGCAAUAAGAGAUGCUGACCUGUCGCUCCCGGGGCGCUCAGUGACCCUGUGCGACGAGCCGUUGUACCUGACGCUCUUUGACAACUCCGUGAUGGUGUUCAAUGAGGAGCGGCGUCUUGUGACUGGCAUUCCCGCCAUUCACAUCAAAUCACUGCACUACUCGACAAUGGAAGUGGAUGCCUCCAAGAAGGACCCGAAGAAUGAGAGGUGCCGCUGCUUCUUGUCAUUCCGCUCAAACAGUGAGGAAUAUCCGGACAUUCUGUUUGUGCCGACCCUCGAGCGAUUUGCCGAUGCGAACGAGGAGAACGUUCCUGCCGCGCAGGUCAACCGCGUGCAAACAGCUCUCUCCAAGCUGGUACUUAUGAGGCAGCAGACUCCCCGGAUGGCUGACGAAUCGGAGACCCCACCAACGGAGCUGACCGAUGUCUCGAAACUCAUGGCCGGCCUCGAGGACGGGGUGGAGUCCUCCGAAAAUGGUCUGCUGGACGUUUACGCAAGAGAAGAAAAUGCAAGAAAUCUGCUCCGCCUGCCAGUGAGGUUUAAGUUGGAGAACAAGGACUUGGGAGACAGGCUCCUUGGAAAGCUGCCAGUACCCCACCGCCUCAGCGUGCUCGCGUCGCAACUGGGCAUCAAGCUUAAGAAGACCCUCACGGAUUAUCCGAUCCGCUACGAGUACCUCUCCCCGGGAGCCACCGUGACGGACCCGACGUGCCAAAGGAAAAAAAGCAACCCCUUGCGCGACCUCUUGCUUAUUGCCGGCAAGUACUGA